UGAGGGCGGGAAAGAGUGAGGCGCCCUCCACUCCCCACCAUGGCAUCACGUCCCUUCCCCGCCCUGUUUUGUCGCCUCCUGCAGGUCUCCCUUCUCCUGCUGCUCCUCCUUCUGUGCCUCCUCCACUUCACCUCCACCUCUUCCGUCCACAGGCGAGAGGAUAAUGCACCAAGAAAAGAUGGAAGGAAAAGGAUGAAGGAUAAGGGAACGGACGGGGACGACAUGAAAGACAAAGAUAUGAAUGGCAAGGAUGAGAUGGAGAUGUGGAAAGGGAGAAUUCCUAUACGACCUUUACUGAAACCCUUCUCUUCCUAUCGUUCUGACACUGCAGCCUCUCUUACCUCUCCUGUGAUGGAUGUGCAGAGGGAGGAAGGAAUGGAAAUUAAGGAGGCUGAGACUCUGGAAAAGGAAGAGGAGAAAGAAAAACUGAUGGAAAAGGAGCAGAAUGAUGAUUGUAAUGAUGGAGAAAUGAAAGGGAAGGGGGAAGAGGAAAGCCACGGUGAAUUACAGGAUGUCCCUAUAGCAAUGAAAAUAGGCAGUGAGGAAAUGGAACAGGUAGUGAAGGGGAAAUAUCGUCAAGAAAGCGAAGAGAAUGAGGUGAAAUUAAACGUUGGAUUAACCACAAAGAUGGACAUGGAUCAUAAGGAAGAGGAUGAGGAAGAGAAGGAGAUGGAGGAGAUGAAUGGAAGAUCCUCCAGCUCACCCUUCCACCUACCUACUAUACUCAAUGUGGUUCAUGACUUCAGGUACCCAACAGUGCAACGUGGCGAAGAAGCAGGAGAGGAGACAGUGCUUCUGCAGGAUGGACAACCUAUGGACACUCGCCCUCUGUAUCUGCGGGCCGAGUCAUCAAGCGGCGGCGGCAACGUUGGUGUGGAUGAGUGUGGGCGAGUCUUCACGGAGCUCAGCGGUCUCAUCACAUCGCCAAACUUUCCCUUCAAUUACCCCAACAACGCCCAGUGCGCCUACUACAUCUCGCUGCCGUCUGAGUACACCAUCGCUCUCGACUGUAACGACUUCUCCAUCCAACCAGGCGACAGGAACUGCGAGAAUGACUACUUGCUAAUCACCGAGGAUGGCCAGUUGGACGGAGAGGGCGUGACAAGGUAUUGCGGGGACAAGGCACUCUCCCUCUUCACCUCCACGUCCAACAUGACGCUGCUCUUCGUCGCUGACAGCUCGUACAGGUACCGCGGCUUCACCUGCAGGUACAGAGCGAUCAACCCGGAUGGUACAGGAGCCGCGCCCGCCGUCAUCACCAACACCACAGAGGAACAUCACACCGUCCUCUGCACCGGCCCGGGAAAUGACGGCUGGUCCGGGAAGUGUGGGGUGGCUGGCGAGCCCGGAGCAACCAGGGUGGUGGGCGGCAAAGUAGUGGCGAAGCACCAGUUCCCGUGGAUGGUCGCUGUGCUGAAAGUGUGUGGCCGCGAGGAGCAGCACUAUUGUAACAUCUGCGGAGGCACAGUCAUUAGCCGCCGCUGGGUGCUGACAGGGGCACACUGCGUGGUGAGCAUCCCUGUAGAGAAGCUUGGUCUGCUGCUCGGGGACCAUAAUCUCUAUACCCUGACACCCUCGCAGAAGUUCUUCCUAGUGGCCGCAGUUUACAUACACCCAGACUUCAACAUGCCGUCACCUCUCAACAACGACUUGGCGCUCGCCUUUCUGCCUCAGGAAAUGGCCUUCAACAGCUACGUGGCGCCCAUUUGCCUGCCGCCAAGAAACUAUGACACCUUGUCCCAACUCCUGCCGGACGCCGCGCCGCAGGAGGCCUCCACCACCACCACCACCGCCACACCCACCACUGCAGCACCCAGCAGGAGGAACGUAGCGGUGGAGGUGCCGUCGAGGCAAGAAGGAACACCCCCGCCCUCAGAAAUUAUGCAUGAAGUCCUGACGGGGAGGAACGUGUCUAUAUACGGCUGGGGAAUCAUUGACGACGACGAAACCCCGGCCCAGCAGCUGCGUGGGGUAUCCGUUGAGGUGCUAGACAACUCCGUGUGUCGCUACUACUACGGUGACCUGGUGACUGAUUUAAUGAUGUGUACUUCGGGCGAGGGAGGCACCGGACCAUGCAGGGGUGACAGCGGCUCCCCAGUCCAGAUACAGAUGGAGAACGGCCGCUGGGUGCAGUUGGGUAUCCUGGCCUUCGGUGCCGCCUACGGUUGUGAGGCCGGCUACCCAUCAGGCAACAUCUUACUGCCGCCCUACAUCAGCUGGAUCGAGGGAGUGACAGACCUAGAAUUUGGAACUGACUACUGAGCAUCUUUCCCAACGUCACCUGACCUCACCCGACCCUUAACGCUUUCCUAGCCUCCUCUUCCGCCCUGACCAAAGAAGAAACAGUCCUCGAGACCCUGAGACGUUCUUCAACCUAUCAUUGUAUUGUGUCAGCUCUGGAUAGGACGGAGAGUAGGAGUUUUGUUUUGGGUAAGGAAUAGUAUUCUGAAACACUUCUGUCCACGCUUACACUACUAUCAAAAGGCUCUACUCGAAGUGAUACGGGUUUUCAAGGAUGUUUCUUUUUACUUGGCUAAUAGGAGAAACACUUAAGAACCGUGCUAAUCAUCUUUAUGGCCUUGGUAAAUAGUCUUUUGUAAGGGAGCAACGUGUUUCUGAAUACAGGUCAAGGUGUGGAUUGGAAGGAUAACAAUUAUUGAGACCGAGCUGGUGGCGAAUCGAGGUAAUCUUUUUUACUGCUGAAAUCUUUACGCGAGACAGAACACCGAGUCAAAUGUUACGGGAAGGGAAUGGACACUUUUGUAUACUUAAUGACGGGGUGUGUGUGACUGGUGUGUUGUGGAGUGUGGGUUUGUAUUGCAUGCUGAAUAAUAAAAAAAAGAAUUGCA